AAAAACUCAAAAGCAAAAGUCCUCUAUCAUUUAUAACAAAGGAAAGUCUUCUAACAUGGCCUCCAAGAGUUGCUUCAUCUUGGCUUUUUUCAUUGCUAUUUCCUUCUCAAGCAUGGACAUUGGUCUAGCAGCUCGCAAUCUUCUUCAGACAACACCAUCUAUACCUUUGCCGAAACCAACAUUGCCAACUAUUCCUACAAUUCCAACAUUGUCACCUUUUCCUACAAUCCCAACAUUGCCUCAGGGCAUUGUUCCACCUUUGCCACCAAUGCCAACAUUGCCUCAGGGAAAUGUUCCACCUUUGCCUACAAUGCCAACAAUGCCAACAAUGCCUACCAUUCCAACCAUUCCACAAGCUCUUCCACCACUUCCUACUCUCCCUUCACUGCCAAACAUGCCCUCAAUCCCCUUCAUGUCCCCACCACCUUCAACCACCACUCCUUGAAUGAAGAUUAUACACUAAAUCUUUGGACCUUGGCUCUGCUCUUCUCCUGUUGUUUGCAUAUCGAUAUAGUAGAAAUAUGAUGAUCAUAUUAUACUUUGUUCAUUUAUUGCUGGGGAACAUUUGUUUUUAUCUUUCAUUUUCCUUUUUAUUUCGUUGUUGUAUGCAUGGGAUUGUUGUUUCCUCCCCCUCUUUACUGCGUGUACUUGGAAACAUAUUGUUAUAGAAUACA